AGUGCCAACAUGGCGUUCACUCUGUACGCCCUGAUUCAAACUGCUAUUUUAUUAACGAAUGCGGUCGCUGUGCUGCAUGAAGAAAGAUUUCUGAGUAAAAUUGGUUGGGGAGCGGAUCAGAGCAUUGGUGGUUUUGGAGAUGAACCAGGAAUUAAAUCUCAACUUUUAAAUCUUAUUCGAUCUGUCAGAACAGUCAUGAGAGUGCCCUUGAUUAUAGUAAAUUCAGUUUGCAUCCUGCUAUUACUGCUGUUUGGAUGAAGAUAGACUGACAUUGAGAAUGGAUCAUGGACGAACUGCUGAAAGAUGAUGGAAAGAUAUUUUUUGUUUUUUGUACCUGCGGCUGUUGCUUUCAGAUGUCUCGCAGCUGUAUCUCCAACACUUCAGGGAUUCAGAUGGUUGUUUCCAAUUCCCUGGUUUUAUAUAUUUAGGCAGCAGUGAACACCAUUGUUUUAUUUGCAUAAAGUUGCUCAGUAGAGCCUUCAUUAACCUUGGUUUUGUUUUCAUGAUUCAUUCUUAAUAUUAUUGCAUUGAUGCAAUAUUGAUGCAGGCCUGCAUGCUAGAUUAGCAUCAGAACAGAUUUGACAAUUUCAGAUAUGAUCCACAGGCAAUUUUUAUGCCGUGAAUAUGUGUAAUCGACUUUCUAAAACACAUAUACACACAAACACAGUAUAUAAUUUAUUACAUCAUGUAACCUUAAUGUUUUACAGAAUUUUCCUAACCGGAGCUUUCGGACAGGCAACUGUAAGGUAGCAGUUAAAACUCGAGAGCUUUGAUUAUUAAUAUCUCUUGUUAACUCGCAGUGCCACUGGUGUUUAUUUCAGAGUUUAUGUAACCAUAUGUUCAUUCACAAAAGAAAUAUGUGUCUAAAUGUGGGUAUUAUUAAUGUCACUGGUGUGUCAGCAUCUCAGCUUUUGAAAACAUAAACUCAGCAGAGUGAAUGUUAAUGGUUCAGGGAGCAAGUCAUGUUUUAUAUCCUCAGUGGACAGCGUGUUGCAAUUGUGAAAAGCAUCUGUGGUAGACUGCUUACAGUGGUCAAUUUCUUUAUAAAUGACUGUUAAAAUGUGUGAGCACCAGUAACCAAGGUCUUUGUGAGUCAGUCAAUAUAUCAUUUUAAUAAAGUAUGUCUUUUCA